AUGCACCCACGGAAACUCCGCCGAAUGCUGCGCGCAGCUGAUGUCAUUCAAAGCGCGCCGGCCAGCACUUCCCUCAUCCACUCCCAGCCCAACACCGACCCAUUCCUCUCCCAACAAAGCACGCCCAACUCCAGCCCCUCGCACGCAAGGCAUGGACCCAACAUGCCCGCCCACCCCUCCUUCCCAACAACCGCCUCCUUCCCCUCAGAAAAACUCACUCUCGCCGCGGGAAUCGCAAUCUUCCACCUCGCCACCGCCCGCGUAGUCCUCUGCCACCACUCGCGCGACAAAUACUGGUUCCUACCGAAAGGCCGGAAGAACGCGGGCGAAGAGCUGCCCGCCGCCGCGGAGCGCGAGGGCUUCGAGGAGUCCGGGUAUCGCAAUCGCGUGCUGCCGCUGCCUUUUAAGCACCGUGCUACGCAUGAUGAGGGGAGGGGACGGGAGGCGUUUGUUACUGAGCCGGUGUGGAUGCAGCUUUUGCCGUUGAGCGAGACGGUGCAGUAUGUGCUUUUUUGGUUUGUGGGGGAGACGGUGAGUGAGGGGAUGGAGGGGGAGGGUGCGGGUGCGGGGAGAGGGUAUUCCGCGCCUGUGGCGUUUCCGAAGGACGUGACGUUGAAGGAAAGGAUUGGGAUGGAUCGGAGAGUUGGGGAGGAUGGGAAGGUGGUGGUUUAUGAGCCUGUGCGGCAUGCGAAUACGGGGGUGGAUGAGGAGGAGCAGCUGUAUGAGAGCUUUCUGGUGCCGGUGUCGGAGGCACGGCGGAGGCUGAGGGGGAGUGUUAUGGAGGAUGUUGUUCGACGGGGCUGGGAUGCUGUGGAGUUGCGGAUGAGGAUGGAGGAGGGCAAAGGCAGUUGA